AUGUUCAUCAAUUCUUAAUUAAUAGAGGAAGCUCAAGAAAGUGCUAAUCAAAAUUCUUAUGUUAAUUAAAAAUCAUAACAAAAAGGACGAUCAAACGUAACUAAAUUUUAAGUUAAAAAAACAGAGGAGCAAAAAUAAGAAAAUAAACCUUUGAGUAGAAUUUAAUAAGUAAAAAUUUUAAUAAAGGUUUCAGAAAGAGAUUGAAUAAUAAUAGAAGAAAUAAUUAGAAUCUUAAAUAAUACAAAAUGAUGAAAUUUAUGAAAGUUUAGUUUAAUUUGAUUCAGAUCCAGAAUUAGAUAAUACAAAAAAAUAUACUAAUCCAUUAAUGGAUAAUUAAAUUAUAUAGGAAGAAACUAAAGUAUUAAAAAAUGAAAUUAUAAGUAGCCUAAAAAAUAUACAAAACCAAAAGAGACAGUAGAAUUCAAAUAGUUAAGUGUAUUAUAGAGUAAUCAAUAAUAUAAAAAAAAACUUGGUCAAAAUGAAUCCACAUAUGGUUAAGAUUUUGAAUUAGAAAUUGAGAAAGUAAGUAUUAAAAUUAAUAUAAGUUUUCUAUAAUUGGAAAUAAUCAUAAUUAAUAUUAUGAGCCUGGAUAAAAAUUAAAUAAAGAUGAUUCUUUACCUUAACUUUUGAAAUAAGAUAAUAAAAUAAAAUUUGUAGAUAGUAAAAUAAAAGAAAGUAAAAAAUAAGAAAUAGAAGUUGAAGAAGAUUAGAUUAUAAUUUAAUAGUAGAUAGUUUAAAAUGAAGAGAAUAUAAUAUAAAAUAAUAAUAAUUAUCAGGAGUUAUAAGAAAUUAUAGUUCAAGAAAAUGAUGAAGAAUUAUUAUCAUAAUAAUAAAAAGAAUAAGAGAUAAGAAAAGAAUUGAAAUAAUAACAUGAUAAAAUAUAAACAGACUUAAAUCAUGAAACACCAGAAAUAAUAGAAUAAAAAGACAAAAACUCCGAAAUCUAAUAAAUGUUUUAAGAAUAACCAAAAUAAACAUGUCCAUAUCCCCCUGCUUUAAUUUCUAUAGAGAUGCUACAUGGAAAGAAAUAUUUUCUAUUAAAUCCAUCACCUAAAGGAGGUAUGAUUUAAUGUACGAUAAAAAGAGACAAAAGUGGAAUGAGUAGAUUUUAUCCUAAAUAUCAUAUUCAUUUAUCUAAUGGCUUUUAGUAUUUAAUGAGUGCAAAAAAGAGAGCUUGUAAUAAUACUAGCAAUUAUAUUAUUUCUAUGUCAAGGGAAGAUUUAGAAAAAGGUGAUAAUUUUAUUGGAAAAGUAAGAAGCAAUUUCAUGGGAACUGAAUUUAUUUUAUAUGAUGCAGGAUUUAAUCCUGAUAAAACUAAAGAUUAAUCUAAAAUUAGAUAAUAAUUAGGAAUUGUUUAAUAUGAAAGUAAUAUUCUAGGAUCAAAAGGUCCCAGAAAAAUGGUGGUAUUAUAUUAUUUUUAUUAAGGUUUUAUUACCAAAAUUAGAUGAAAGAGAAUAACUCUAUGUUUUCAAACCUAUCAAUUCUAAGGAUGGAAUGCUUAAAGAAUUUGUAAAUAAUAAUAGAGAUCAUAUUGUAACUUAUGUUAAUAGACCACCUUAAUGGAAUAGUAAAUAUAAGGCUUUUGUUCUUAAUUUCUAUUAAAGAGUAGAUAAACCUAGUGUUAAAAAUUUUCAACUUAUUUUAGAAAAUAAAGAAGACAAUAUUUUAUUAUAAUUUGGAAGAGUUGGGGAGGAUCUAUUUAAUUUAGAUUUUUAAUAUCCUAUUUCUCCUUUAUAGGCAUUUUAAAUUGCAUUAACAAGUUUUGACUACAAAAUUGCAUGUGAAUGA